AGGAAAGGAAUAGAAUUUACAUGCGUUUCCCACUCAUUUUCCCACAAAACUCAUUUUUCACUCUCCUCCCUCAGUAACUCUAAUGGCCAUCGCCGCCGCAAUUACGGUGCCUCUCACAACCCCAAGCCGUCGUUUUCUUGCUUCUGCUUCCGCUAAUCCCAUUCGAUUUUCUUCUCCUUUAACUGCACAACCAAAAUAUCUCAAAAUCGCUGCCGGUAGAGGAACACAGUGCCCUAAUUUCCGCAUUUGUGCGGCAUCUUCAAUGAGAAUCGAAGCUCCGGAGAAAGCUUCUCCAGAUUCUUUCCUUGACCGUAAGGAAAGCGGCAUUCUUCACUUCGUCAAGUACCACGGCCUCGGCAACGACUUCAUAUUGGUUGACAAUAGAGAUACAACAGAACCUAAGGUCAGUCCUGAUCAAGCUGUGCAACUAUGUGACAGAAACUUCGGAAUUGGUGCUGAUGGCGUGAUAUUUGCAAUGCCGGGUGUCAAUGGCACUGAUUAUACCAUGAGGAUCUUCAAUUCAGAUGGAAGCGAGCCAGAGAUGUGUGGUAAUGGAAUUCGAUGCCUUGCCAAAUUUAUAGCGGAGCUUGAGAACUCCCGUGGAAAGCGAAGUUUCACCAUACAUACAGGGGCUGGACUUAUUGUUCCUGAGAUUCAAGAAGAUGGAAAGGUUAGGGUUGACAUGGGUGAACCCAUUCUGAAGGCAUCAGAUGUACCCACGAAACUACCCCCUAAUAAAGAUCAAUCUGUUGUUAAAGCAAGACUAGAUGUAGAUGGAAGUGAAUGGAAUGUGACCUGUGUCAGCAUGGGAAAUCCUCAUUGUGUCACUUUUGGUACAUCACAAAGCCAGGAUUUGCAUGUAGAUGAAUUGAAUUUAGCAGACAUUGGCCCAAAGUUUGAACAUCAUGUGAUGUUCCCUGCUCGCACUAACACAGAAUUUGUACAAGUCUUCUCCCCAACACACCUUAAAAUGCAUGUCUGGGAGCGUGGUGCAGGCGCGACACUAGCCUGUGGGACAGGAGCUUGUGCCGUAGUUGUUGCAGCAGUGCUCGAGGGUCGUGCUGCAAGGCGGUGUACUGUUGAUUUGCCUGGUGGGCCUCUGGACAUUGAGUGGAGUGAGAAAGACAACCAUAUAUACAUGACGGGGCCAGCAGAGGUAGUUUUCUAUGGGUCAGUUCCUCUUUAAGCCCUUGAAUGUAAGUUUAUUUUAACUUCAUACAUUCUGUAAGCUAUUUAAAUCUUUUAGAAUUCAUAAGUAAGCUCCAAAUGUUUGCCAAAUUUGUUGGACAAUGAAAGAAAUGCAGAAGAAUGGAUCUUGGGUAACCAGAUUACUUUGAUUGUUGCCUCAA